GCAGGGCAGCAGGGCUGACUGGCCUGGACCUCGGCUUCCCAGCGGGUCUGCAGUGAAGCUCCUUCCACAGAGGGGACAGAGCAGCAGGGACCAUGCAGCCCCCCUCAGCCUGUCCCUGCAGAGGGGGCAUCCCCUGGCAGGGGGUCCUGCUGGCAGUCUCACUGUUAACCUUCUGGAACCCGCACCCCACUGCCCAGCUCACURUUGAACCAGUGCCUUUCAAUGCUGCUGAAGGGACAGACGUUCUUCUACUUGUCCACAAUGUGUCGGAGAAUGCAAUAGGCUACAACUGGUUCAAAGGAAAAACAGCAGAUGGCAGACAUGAAAUUGUAUCAUACAUAGUAUCCAUACAAGUAACUAUCCUAGGGUCUGCAUCCAGUGGAGGAGAGAAAAUAUACCCCAAUGGGUCCCUGCUGUUACAGAAAGUGACACAGAACGACACAGGAUUCUACACCAUGCAAACUGUAACUGCCAAUGCUAGGGUUGAAUCAGCAACUGGAGAGUUCCAUGUACACAGGCKUGUGGCCCAGCCCUCCCUCAGAGCCACCAACACAGAACCACACUCUGUGGCCCUGACCUGCCUCUCAGGUGGCCCUGGACUCUCCAUCACGUGGAUCCUCAACAGCCAGACUCUGCAGCUCACAGACAGGAURCAGCUGUCCCCGGACCACAGGACCCUCCGCAUAGACCCCGUCAGACAGGAGGAUGCCGGGGAGUAUCAGUGUGAGGCCUCCAACCCCGCCAGUUCCACCAGGAGUGACCGCUACAGACUGGCUGUGAUCUCAGCAGAGAGGACCCCAGGCCUCCCUGUGGGGGCCGUSGCUGGCAUCGUGACUGGGGUCCUGGUYGGGGUGGCUCUGGUGGCUGCUCUGGGGUGUUUCCUGCUCCACACAAGAACUGGAAGGGCUGGUGUCCAGCAUGGCCUCAGAGACCCCGGCACCCCAGCAACAUCACAUGGAUAG